CCUUGUGGUUGAAGACUGGGGAAUUCUGACCUGGGGUUUUAAUUUCUUCUGGGGUCUGGAGUUGUUAGUGGCAGGCAGUGCAGGGCAGGCAGAUUGCGGUGGGGUGGCUAGGCUCGAUUUAUGGGGCUCGGGGGUUCAUUACAGUCCACGCUGACCCGUCGUGCGUUCCUUACUCCGUUAGCCUCGCCGGGUCAGCGGCGGCCAGGGGACUCCUACGCGGAGCUGUGGUGACCUCGGGCCAGACUUGAGCCGGGAUCAUGCUUAUCCCCGGCCCCGGCUGGUGGCGAGGCGGCCCCCAGCUCGGCCCCUUAGGGCUCUGGGCCGGGCUCCGGGCUGCCGCGGCCCCGGCGGCGGUGCGCCGAGUCCCCCCAGCCAGACCCUGCAGCCGGUUGGAGAGGAGCCCCUUGAACGAGCCCGUGGUCGCUCGCAAAACCCCGCUCAAGGAGUGGACGCUGAUAGUCAACCCGUUCGGGCGGCUGCAGGCGCGGCUGCCGUGCGACAUCGCCGUGAGACCCCUAGACCCUUACCACUACCCGGACUCGGACCGGGUGCUGGUCACGGUGAGCGGCGUGGAGGGCGGCAGCCUGGACCUGGACAGCAUCCAGGUGAGGUACGACGAGGCCCUGAAGCAGAUGGCCAUCGUCUCGGACAGCAUCAGCCAGCAGGCCUCGGUGGAGGUGAAGGUCCCCAUGAAAUUCGAUUUGAAUAUCAGGACAUCAGGGACUGGCUGUGUAAAGGUGCAGGAAGCUGAGUGUGAUGAUUGUAGAAUAGAAACUGAACAAGGGAUUAGCAUCGUGCAGUCAGUUAAGAGUAAAAAAUUACAUAUUCAAACAAAAGGAGGAAAAGUGAUCUGUCUGGGAACUAUUCUUGGAAAUACAGACAUUCAUGCAUCAGAAAAAAGUACUGUGACUAUAGAUAAACUACAGGGGAGUUCUGUUAACAUAUCUACUGAAGAUGGUUUGCUGAAAGCCGAGUAUCUGUAUACAGAGUCAUCAUCUCUGUCUUCUGCUGCUGGGGAUAUUACAUUGGGAAGUGUUCAUGGUGACUUAACAGUACACAGCAAAAUGGGUAACAUCACAAUAGAUUCAUUAAAUGGACACCUAAAAGCUUCAACACAUGAGGGUGCUAUAGAUGUUUAUGUCAGCCAAAUGGGGAAUGUGGACUUGAAAUCCCAGAAAGGGUCUAUUACAAUCAAAGUCCCAUCCUCUCUCAAAGCUUAUUUGCAGUUGUCAGGGAGCAAAGUUGAUAUGAAUCCAGAAAUCACUUUACAAGAAAUGAAAGAAGUUCCAAAAGACAAUGGUGUAACAAUCAAUGGUCACAUGAACCAAACCAGUGAAUGUGAAAAAUGGAUCAAGGCCAAUGCCCCCAGUGGCACUGUGCAUCUCAAAAGCCAAAGCUGGUUUCAGUCCCUCAGACUGAAGGGUUUCUGAUUGUUUGAACUCUGUUAUAAAUAACAAUCACUGAACAUCAAAUCAGUGAGAAAGUAUUGAUGCCCCUAGUUAUAGAAACAUUAGAAAUGUUAAUUUAGUAAUGAAUGCUGACUGGUGAAUGAUAUUCUGUGGUCUCACAUUUGUGUUUAGCUGCUAUGUGAUAUUUCCAGAUAUAUAUACCUCAGCAUCAGUUCAAGCUGUGAAUAAUAAUAUAUUUGACAGAAUUUGCAAAAAGCCAAUCACUGGCAAAAUGAAAGACAACUACAAGCAGUAUUCAGCUAUUUUGUUGCCUGGUAUAUCAAUAUAGGAGAUAUUCACUGCAACUUGAUAAUGAGAAAUAAAGUUGUUUUAUGAACUCCUUACUUUCAAACCCUAAUUCUCUUGGAACAUUCAGUUUAUGCAUAAAACCAGUCAGAUCUGUUCACUAGUUUAUAUUUUUCACAAUUAAGAAAAAUCCAUCUUUUAUGAAGGAUCAUAAGAGGAACAUUUUAAUUUUUAAUAAAGUUUUAAAAAUACUGUGA